UACUCAGCUAAAUGCAAAGGGGGUAACAUAACUAGAAGAGUGGCAGUUGGCUUGUUACUUCUAACAUACUACGUACCAAACAAAUGAUAAUACAGUACAAUAUUCAACCUCAUUUGAUUUUAAUAACUUCCAUAAAAUGCGAGCAAAGGCGCAACUCGCGCAAGGCAAUGUAGCUUGCAACCACUUAGUGUCUGUCAACCAUCAAAUACCAUUUACAUUCAAGACUAAUAUAGGGUUUUUUACUAAAAAAAUGAAAAAGAAAAAAGAAAAAAAAAGAAAAAGAAAAACAAAGAGAGAAUCAGUUGAACUGAAAACUACAGAUUACAACUACCUUUUAUGAUACAAGUAUGUGCCAUGUUCGAUGCAAAGUGCUAGACUUUAAAUAACCGCGGCCAGGCACAACAACACAAGGUCCACCAGGGAAGACCCUUGCGCCGGAUGGCAUUACUGCCCGGCCACUGUAUCCUCAAAAGCUAAAAUUGUCAUUAGUUCUACACAGACUCUUGCUGGAUUUCUAGAGUUUAUGACAUCAAGAAAACCAUAAAGGGGAGCAGGGGACAACUUGCUAGUGUAAGACUAUUGUCCCAUCAAAUGUAUAUCAAGGCCCAAAAUCAAUAUUUAAUCUUGAACAAUUAUAAAAUGCCGUAUUGAAGGCAAAUAAUUGGGCCCAAAGGCCCAGCAUUCAAAGAUGUGAGGUAGAGGCUGAAUAGAUAAGGUUACAACUUAGAAGAAGAGAUGGAGCUAAGCUUUACAUAAUCACAUGUAGUAACUUCAUCAACAUAUUUGAUUAUACCAAACAACCAAAAAAUAUACUGGGAAAGUACUAUAAGAAAAUAUUCAUGGAGAUAUUUGAAGUUGGACCGUGUAAUAGCUCCUAUGAAAUGGGGUAUCUGAUUGGGGAGCGAUUCUCAUCCUUGAUAAAGAGCAGAUUAGCAGCAGACCUUAUUCUACAAACUCAACUCCGGCCUUAUGCCAAAACCCACCUUGCAGAACCGCUAAUCGAUUCUCUUACUGAAAACAACCGGAGCAAGUUCCCGCGUUACUGGGAUGAGCUCGUUGGGAUUGCGGAAGGAAGUGGUGUGCCUGUUCUUGAUGUACAAGAUCAUGAACCUGGUUUCGCUUUAUAUGCUUGUGUUAUCUUCAGCUAUUGUUGCAGGAUAGCAUUAUUUUGGGUGGCUUAUGAAGUCUUUUUGUUUUUUUUUUUUUACUCUCUUAAUGUGCAGAUAAUACUUAUCAACUUCAGGAAAGAGAUAUUAGCAUUUAUGCCAAAGAACGAAGGAGCGAAUAUACCUGAAGACACACCAGAUGAUUGCUCUACCAUUCUGGUAGUAAGUCGCAGUAUGGCCAUUGCAGCGCACAAUGAAGAUGCAAAUAUUGCUCUAGUUGGUCACACAUACUUGAUCCAAGCGAAUUUAGGCAAUGGACUUUCCUUCACAGCAUAUACAUACGCCGGGGAGCUUCCAAGCUGUGCAUUUGGCUUUAACAGUCAUGGAUUGGCAUUCACGUUGAACUCGGUACCACCUCGUGAAGAUGAAAUUGUAGCUGGAGGCAUUGGGCGGAACUUUAUUUCGAGAGAUCUGCUUGAAGCAACGAGCAGUAGUGAUGCUCUGAAGAAAAUUCAGUCAUCAGAAGUGUCUAUUGGACAUAGCUAUAACCUGAUCGAUAUAUCAAAACGAAAUAUUCUGAAUAUAGAAACAGCAUCAAGGAAUCGAUUUUCAGUCUAUGAGGUCUAUGCAACACCAUUCUUCCAUGCAAAUAUGUACCUUCACCUUCAAGUUCCACAGAUACAAGAUGAAAAUUCAAGUAGCAGACAAAAACGGGCAGCUGCACUGCCGCAAGAAUCAAAAGAAGAUUUCCUUUCACUCCUUGGAGACAUAGAUGACAAAAGAUAUCCCAUCUACAUGUCAGGACCAACAUUGUACACAUUGUGCACAGCCGUAUUCGAUCUUGAUGGACCAACACUAUCUAUCAUUGAAGGGAACCCAAAAGAAGGAAAGGUGACUCGUUCAUUCCAUAUGUAAAAGGUCGGAUAUAUUCAAGAAAACUCUUCA